AUGACGUCACCCUGGUCAGUCUUAUGUCUUAUUAUCUUGCUUAUCGAGAGUGUUUACAGCGGCUACAACCGCGUGUGCUACUACACCAGCUGGUCAAAAUAUCGUAGAGGAGUAGGCCGAUUUACACCAGAAAAUAUAGAUCCUAAUUUGUGUACCCAUAUCAUCUACGCCUUUGCUUCGGUAGACGGCAAUAACAUAGGGCUGAACGACUUCACGGAGGAAGAUACCUUGACACGAGUGGUGAAUUUGAAAGAGUCCAACCGAUAUCUGAAAGUGAUAUUGGGAGUAGGAGGAUGGGUACACGGUACGACAGCCUUCACCGCUCUGGUCAACUCUCGUGCCAGUAUAGAAGCCUUUGCCAAAAAUGCAAUUGCCUUUCUCCGAUCCUGGGACCUGGAUGGACUAGAUUUGGACUGGGAAUAUCCUGGUUCUCGGGACAGUCCACCUGCGGACAAACAGAGGUUCACACAGUUAUUACGAAUUCUGAGAAGCGAGUUCGAGGCGGAAGGGGUACAGACGGGUCUACCUCGACUUCUGUUAACGGCUGCAGUAUCCGUAGACGAAAAAAUUGUCCAAAGCGGCUAUGAAAUUACAAAGAUAGCUAAAGAUCUGGACUUAAUCAACCUUAUGACGUAUGACCUGCAUGGGUUCUGGGACAAGACCCUUGGCCAUAACAGUCCGUUAUAUUCCCGGGACGGUGAGUCUCGGGUAAUGGCUCAACUCAACCAGGACUGGGGUGUGACUCAUUGGCUGUCCAAUGGUGCCCCUCCCGAGAAGUUAAUGCUGGGCAUUGCGACUUACGGUCGGACAUUUCGGACGGACAACGGAAAAGAAAUGGGCGAUAUUGCCAUGGGACCAGGGCGUCCAGGAAAGUUCACUUCCGAGGCAGGGUUUCUUGCUUACUAUGAGGUUUGCCAAUACCUCCAAAAUGGCUGGACGAAGAAGUGGCACCAACAGCACCAGGUGCCGUACGCUUACUCUGAAGACCAAUGGGUUGGAUACGAUGACCUACAAAGUAUUACUAUUAAGGCACAAUACGUCAAAUCACGUGGUCUAGGAGGAGUCAUGGUAUGGGCCAUUGGCAUGGAUGAUUUUAGGGGGAAAUGUGGAGAUGGUGUCAACCCCAUACUUAGAAAACUUCAGGACACUCUACCAAGUGAUAAUACCGGAUUGGUGCCGUCUGUUCAACGUGGAACUCCAGUUCAAACCAAAGAUGAGGUCUCAGAUGAUCAUGACUACAAACGUGUGUGUUACUAUACCAACUGGUCACAACAUCGUUCACAAUCUUUGACCUUUCUCCCAGAGGAUAUUGAUCCUGAUCUUUGCACGCACGUCAUCUUUGCUUUCGCCAAACUCAAGAACAACGACAUCCAGAUGGUGGAACCCAAUGAUCAUGAUCUCUAUCGCCGUGUACUUGCCUUGAAAGCUGUCCAGCCUCGCCUAAUUGUGCUGCUCGCCAUCGGAGGCUGGACACACAGCACCGCCGCAUUUUCAGACACGGUGGCAACCCCGAAAAGUAUAGUAAGCUUUGCAAGUAACGCAUUGAAGUAUCUCCGGAAACACAAGUUUGAUGGUUUAGACUUAGCCUGGGAGUUCCCAGGAACUCGUGGAAGCCCACCAAUAGAUAAAUAUCGAUUUACUUCCCUUGUUAAGGGAUUACGACAGGAGUUUGACCACUCUGCCGCCACCACUGGUUUACCUCGCCUAAUUCUUACCGCUGCAGUAUCAGCGAUACGUUCUAUCAUUGACGGUGGAUACGAAAUCACUAAACUCUCCCGGUACCUUGACUUUAUCAACUUAAUGGCGUAUGAUCUACAUGGGAGCUGGGAUUCCACCACAGGUCACAAUAGUCCGCUCUAUAGUACUAACAACAACAGUCAGGACUUCGCCGUGAAAUACUGGAUAGGACAUGGAGCUCCCAAGGAGAAGAUAAUAUUAGGUCUAGGGUUUUAUGGACGAUCCUUCACCCUUCGGUCUCAGGAUGACCACGUCAUUGGGGCAGACACAUUAGGGCCUGGGUUGGCGCAACCUCACACCAAAACAGACGGUUUCAUGGCGUAUUUCGAGAUUUGUGUGCUGGUGGUGCGGGGUUGGAUACGACAAUGGAAUGUCAUCAAUAAAGCUCCAUACGCUUACUACAAUACACAAUGGGUCAGCUAUGACGAUAUGGACAGCAUUGCUAUUAAGGCACGAUAUAUUCGAUCUAAAGGUCUUGGUGGAGCCAUGGUUUGGUCACUAGACAUGGACGACUACAGGAAUAUAUGUGGAAACGGCAAAUAUCCUUUGAUGAAUAAACUGAAUGAGGUUCUCACUGAGCCUUUUACAGCACCUCCCACAGAACCUCAUAUUAAUGAAAUAAUCACUACUCUGACGUCCAGGAAAGCAAUACCGUCAACGUUUCCAGUAUUAUCUUUAAGGAAAACAACAACAGCAUUUACACGAAGACCUUCACAUGACAAGGAACAAAAAAAUGUUGAUAUGGUCACAUGCGGUCCCCCGACUGUGUGCCCUCACGGCCGGUUCAUCCCAGACGGCUGCAACGCAUCUGUAUAUUAUCAGUGCAGCUUUAGAGCCAUCACUCGACUGUGUCCACCCAAGCUCGAAUGGAACAUGAGAAGACUGGCCUGCGACUGGCCAAGUGUAGAUACUCGAGUCGAGUUGAACGAACAAACUAUGGUAAAGAAUGAGGAAAUUCUGCCUACAUUUCGGACAAGCAAGAAUGACGAAAUUCUGCCUACAUUUCGGACAACCGUUUUCAUACCGAAGACAGAUAAGAAGAAUGACGAAAUUCUGCCUACAUUUCGGACAACCGUUUACAUACCUGAAAUCAUGACAUAUACAACCACGCCCAUACCAUAUCAAUCGUCAUCUACGGCAAGCACACGAAAAAUGAGGCCGACCAUCACAUACAAAGACUGUAAGCCAAUAUCCUGCCCUGCCGGACUUCUGAUUGCAGACCCGUGUGACCGGAAGUGUUAUUUCUCGUGCGCAGAAAACAAUAAAUCAUACCACUCAUGUUGCCCAGGACCGACUGUUUGGGACGAUCGGAUAUACAACUGUAACUGGAGCUGGUCCCAUUAG